GCCCACCUCUAAUAAUUUCGAUAAAUAAAUUACAUAUUUUGUUUACAAUUUGUUUUGUUUAUUAUGAAUUCAACUGGUGAAGAGCUGCAUCCCAACUGGCGGGCACUGACCACAUUACAUGUACCUCUAAAGCGAUUUGUGCCAGCUGGCAAAGAAGUGUCAGCAGAGGCAAAGGCGAAACUUGAACGAAAUACUAUAAAAAUCGAUGGAGCCGAGGCGCAGAAGUUUUAUAAUGAAAUACUGGACACCCCAACCACGGCAACCAGCCAUCAUCAGCAAAAGACAAAGGAACAGCGCACACAUAGAUCAAAGACACUUUUCCCCUACGAUAAAAGCAAAUUUUUUCGUUCUGCUAUUAACAACAAUGUGAAGGAACUGUCUUGCAUAGACUUUCGAGACAAAGAGACGGAGCUGAAUGCCUGCGAUGCCUACGGCUGGACAGCUCUAAUGAUGGCAGCCUGCGAAGGAGCCAUAGAUGCUGUGAGUUGGUUGCUAGAAAAUGGCGUGCAGACUGACAUCAAGGACAAAGGUGGACAAACGGCGCUUACGUUGGCCCAAAAGAAAGGACACGAAAUUGUCGUAAAGCUACUCACCAGCAACGGCAGGACGGAGCAACAUGAACUGGAGAUGACAUUGGAACAGCUUGAGCAAACGAUUCUACCCUUCUACUGUGAUGUUUGUGAAAGAGACUACAAAGAGACGACUUUGCGUGCCCAUCAAACUUCUACAGUGCAUCAGUUUAAUUUGAAAUUGCCCGGUGCUACCAACAAACUAAACAAAUUCAACAUAUCCAUAAGGAAUCGAGGUCUCCAAUUGAUGGUUAAGCAGGGUUGGGAUCGCGAACACGGCCUGGGACCCACACAAAGUGGUCGUUUAUAUCCAGUGAAGACCGUAUUGCGUAAACGGCGCACUGGUUUGGGUAUAGAACAAUCUCCGCCGCGAGUUACGCAUUUUCAAGCUUUUGAUACGAAUGCCACCAAACGGAGGAAUCCUCACCAGCCCAGACGAACUCGUGAUGAUAUGCGAAGAGAAAAAGUGCGUGAAUGGAAAAGGGAAAGACGUUUGCGAAACGAGUUGAGCUGACUUAAAAAAAUAAAUCCUUUAACUUAUGCAAUCCCAAGAA